CUCGCACAUUCCCAGACACCCUCAUCCCCCAAAAGGACGCCUGUGUGCUUCCCGUUGCUCCCUCCCGCUCCCAGCCAAGUCUCAGCCUCGCACACACUCCUGCACACGCCCAGAGAUUUGCUCACACUCACACACUCGCUGUCCAUCUGCCUCUGUGCAGCCUCCACGGCACCCUACGCAGCUGUGCUACUGGGCCUCAGCCUGCUGACUCUCUGGACCUCCCCUGCUCUGGGUGGUGCCAACGAUGCUGAAGACUGCUGCCUGACUGUGAACCAGCGCCCCAUCCCUGGGAACAUCGUGCGAGCCUUUCGCUACCUCCUCCUCAAGGAUGGCUGCAGAGUGCCUGCCAUUGUGUUCACCACAGUGAGAGGUCGCCAGCUCUGUGCCCCCCUAGACCAGCCCUGGGUGGAGCGCAUCAUCCGGAGACUGCAGAAGAACUCUGUAAAGAGCAAGCGCCACAGCAGUUAGCCCAUGACAGUCCCGGAGGAGGCCCUGUGUCUGAGUGAAGGGAUGUGAAUCACUGUGGCCCCGGGGAAGCCAGGACCAGAAGGAGCUAUCAGGCCUCCAGCUCCCCUGCACCAGACCUGAACCAGCUGGGUUGUCAGUGUGAGUGCGAGUGAGAGUGAGGAGGUGAGGGGCAGGAGCACAGCUCCUCCUCGCCCAGACUGCAAUGCUUACAAUAAAGGCCACUGGCACCCA